AAACCUGGAAGAGGGCGGAGGCAGGCGCGGCGGCCCGGCGGCUGGGGCUGAAGCUGGACGGGUCCCUGCGACGAGCGAGCUGCUGAGGUGCGGCGUCGGGGAACCAAGUUUUGCACAAGCCUGUAUCCUCAACGGCUAUCAGCAAGCAAAGAGAAAUUCCUCAUUGAGUGAAUGAAUCUUAACAAAAGCCAAAGUAUAGAAUGAAUUGAGAGCUCAUAGGUAAAUGUGAUGGAUAAGCUGUGAUCAUGACUACUGAAGUAGGCUCCGCGUCUGAAGUUAAAAAGGAAUCUGACCAGAUAGGAGCAGAUGCAGCCAAGGAGAAACCUAAAGAAGUAGCAGAAAAUCAGCAGAAUCAAUCAUCCGACCCAGAGGAGGAAAAAGGUCCCCAGCCACCUCCUGCAGCUGAAAGCCAAAGUAGUCCACGCCGCCAGAAGAGAGAGAAGGAUCCAUCUGAGAGCAGGGGUAUUUCUCGAUUCAUACCCCCAUGGCUUAAGAAGCAAAAGUCAUAUAACUUAGUAGUGGCCAAAGAUGGAGGAGAUAAAAAAGGGCCUACCCAGGCUGUUGUGGAAGAACAGAUUAUAGAUAAAGAGGAGUCUCUUCCGAGAGAAGAGAGGCAGGCCAAGGGCGAUGCUGAAGAAACAGCUCAGAGAAAACAACAGGAGAUUAAGGCUCAAGUCAAGGAAGAGCAACCUUCAGUAAGCGUUGCUGAGGCGCAGCUUGCUAAAGGAGAAAGUAAGGAGAGAGAAGACGAGAAGGAGAAAGAAAUUCAGGAAGAAAAACCAGAAGGAGAAGCAGCAAAAAGGGAGACAAAGGAAGUGCAGACCAAUGAGCUAAGAGCAGACAAGAUCUCCCAAAAAGCCACCAAGAAGACCAAAACUGUCCAGUGCAAAGUGAUCCUCCUGGAUGGCACCGAAUACAGCUGUGACGUGGAGAAAGGUGCUAAGGGACAAGUGUUAUUUGACAAAGUAUGUGAACGUCUCAAUCUCUUGGAGAAGGACUACUUUGGACUUUUAUUUCAGGAAAAUUCUGAGCAGAAAAACUGGCUAGAUCCUGCAAAAGAAAUAAAGAGACAGCUGCGAAAUCUUCCCUGGCUGUUCACCUUUAAUGUGAAGUUUUAUCCUCCUGAUCCCUCUCAGCUGACUGAAGAUAUCACCAGAUACUUCCUGUGCCUUCAGCUCCGGCAGGACAUUGCCUCUGGCCGCCUGCCCUGCUCCUUUGUGACUCACGCUCUCCUGGGAUCCUACACACUGCAGGCUGAACUCGGGGACUAUGACCCAGAAGAGCAUAGCCCUGAUGUCGUCAGUGACUUCCAGUUUGCCCCAACACAGACUAAGGAGCUUGAAGAGAAGGUGGCAGAACUACAUAAAACCCACAGGGGCUUAUCUCCAGCACAAGCUGAUUCUCAGUUCUUAGAAAAUGUGAAGAGGCUCUCCAUGUAUGGUGUUGACCUGCACCAUGCCAAGGACUCUGAAGGCGUGGACAUCAAGCUGGGUGUGUGCGCUAAUGGACUCCUCAUUUACAAAGACAGACUGAGAAUCAAUCGUUUUGCUUGGCCAAAAAUCUUGAAAAUUUCCUAUAAACGCAGUAACUUCUACAUUAAAGUGAGGCCAGCAGAGCUGGAACAGUUUGAGAGCACCAUUGGAUUUAAACUGCCAAACCACCGAGCAGCUAAAAGGUUGUGGAAAGUGUGUGUGGAACAUCAUACUUUUUACAGGCUUGUAUCUCCAGAGCAGCCGCCAAAGGCCAAGUUCCUGACCUUGGGGUCCAAAUUCCGCUAUAGUGGCCGCACCCAAGCCCAGACCCGCCAGGCAAGCAUCCUUAUUGAUAGGCCAGCACCACAUUUUGACCGCACUUCCAGUAAACGGGUCUCCAGGAGUCUAGAUGGAGCUCUGAUUGGCGUUGUGGACCAAAGUCUUAUGAAGGAUUUUUCUGGCCCUCCUGGGGAGAUUUCAGCAUAUGGUCCUGGAGUUGUGAGUCCUGUUGGGAUACAAGAUGGAGAUGGCAGAAGGGAUGUCAGAAUUCCAACUAAAGCCCCACAUUUGCAACUCAUUGAAGGAAAGGUGAAGAUGGAAGAAGAAGAAACACAGCUGGAGGAGAAAAAUUCCUUGAGAGUAGAAGGGGAUAAUAUUUAUGUCAGACAUAGCAAUUUAAUGUUGGAGGACCUGGAUAAGGCCCAGGAGGACAUACUGAAACAUCAGGCUAGCAUUAGUGAACUCAAGCGCAAUUUUAUGGAAUCCACACCUGAACCACGCCCCAAUGAAUGGGAAAAACGACGUAUCACACCUCUGUCCCUACAGACACAAGGGAGAAAAGGAGACCAUCUUUUCAAGGAUAUUUUAUCCAUGAAGGAGAAGCACCAGAUGGCGACAGAAUGGACAGUUGAAGAAAAAGCUCAGGAGGCGGACAAGAGCCUAGAAGAGGAGAUAACAUCCAUUUUGUUUAGUGAAAAGGGCCUUUCUGAUAGCAUGAGAGCCACCUUCACUUCAGCCACCACUUGGACAGCAGAGGGCACUGUUGUGAACUGUAAUGCACCUUCUGAAAAGCUUUCUUCCUCGUCCUUCUCACAGUUGCCUGAGAGUUCACAUGAGACUCUGAAUGUAGUGGAGGAGAAGAAGCAGGCAGAGGUUGGGAAAGACGAAAGAGUAAUCACAGAAGAAAUGAACGGUAAAGAGAUAUCACCUGGGAGUGGACCUGGGGAGAUUCGUAAGGUGGAGCCACUGACACAAAAAGAUUCCACCUCCCUGUCUUCUGAGAGCAGCAGCAGCAGUGAGAGUGAAGAAGAAGAGGUGGGAGAGUAUCGCCCCUACCACCGCGUGACCGAGGGGACCAUAAGGGAGGAGCAGGAGGAAUAUGAAGAAGAGACAGAGGAAGAGCCCGGCCGAGCAGCCAAGGUAGUAGAGAGGGAGGAAGCAGUGCCAGAAGCCAGCCCAGUCAAACAAGCAGGUGCCAAUCUAAUCACAAUAGAAACAGUGAUCCAGGAAAAUGUAGUUGCCCAAAAGAUAUCUGGAGAGAAGAGUGUAAACGAAGGCACUGUUAAUAAGCAAGACAUGAGAGAAGAAACAGAGGAAGAGCAACAUAAAGUUAACGGAGAGGUGUCUCAUGUUGACAUUGAUGUUUUGCCACAAAUUAUUUGUUGUUCAGAGCCACCAGUGGUAAAAACAGAGAUGGUAACAAUUUCUGAUGCCUCACAAAGGACAGAAAUCUCCACCAAGGAAGUCCCCAUUGUCCAAACUGAGACCAAAACCAUCACAUAUGAGUCUCCACAGGUUGAUGGCGGGGCUGGUGAUGAUUCGGGCACAUUAGUGAGCGCACAAACCAUCACAUCUGAUUCGGUGUCGACAACAACAACCACACACAUCACCAAGACUGUAAAAGGUGGAAUAUCUGAAACAAGAAUUGAGAAACGUAUUGUGAUCACAGGAGAUGGAGAUAUUGAUCAUGACCAGGCAUUGGCCCAGGCGAUCAAGGAAGCCAGAGAACAGCACCCUGACAUGUCUGUCACGAGAGUGGUGGUGCACAAAGAAACAGAGCUGGCGGAGGAAGGGGAAGACUAGUAAGAAAUUCGUUUCUUGAACAACAUUCAACUUUGAGAACCUGAAGAAUUUUGACCAUUCCAAGUCUUAAUACCACACCACUACUCCAGCAAAUUCAUACUACAACUGGUAACAAUGACCAGGAGCCCGAAGAUUAAAAUCCCAACACCAAACCUUAACCUAACAGCUCCGGUCUAUACUGUUCCCUCGCAUUUUAAUAUAUUAUUUUGUUUUAUAACCACUUUUUUAAUAUUCAUUGGUUCUUCUUUUUUUUUUUUUUUUAAUUAGGGCGUUUUGUUUUUGUUUCCUGUUUACUUUGUGUACAACUACCUGCUUUGUGCGACUUACCUUGAUCAAAUGAUAGUGAACAAAGCCAGCCCAAGCUGGUAAGGUGCUGUUCACUUGAACAGGUGCUGUUGUGCGGAAAGGAAACUCUACAACUAAUUUAGAUAGUGGCUUUCUUUUUUCCAGAUUCUUUGCAUUGAAUCCUUACAGUAAAUAUUUGCAGAGUUUUCAGACUGCAGUAAAUAUACUAUAUGAGAAAAUAUUAAUAUGGAUUAAAAGCAUUUUCUUACAUCUUGAAAAUUUUCUAAUGUUCAAGAAUUUCAUUGGGGAUAUUUUUUAUAUUGAACACUCUUGACUUUCCAGUCCUGUGACUUUUUGCUUUCAGUGGAAAGUCAGAGAAUCUCCAGACUGGAGAAUUACGAAGAAGUUUGCUGACCAUGCACUGUGUCUGGAAACCCUUUUGCACCACAGUGCCAUUGCUUCUCAGAAAACACGCUCUUCGGCAGCAUUCCAGAAACAGGAGGGAGGGAAAAGAGAAAACUGUUUCUCCCCUUCUACUAAAAGACUCAGGCAGCUUAAAACCUUAGUGCUUUCUUUCUUAACAUGUCCAAAUUUCAGUACCUUCCAUUAUUUGAACACUUGUGUAGUAUGCUUGCUUUGUAUUAAACCUCCUUGUCUACAUGUAAAACUUACCUUUUAUUAUUGAGGAGGUAUAUCUCUUUCAGAUAGUUUGAUGAUUCGCACAGGUUUGAGGAUGCUGGUGAGAGGAACAGGGGCUGUGGUCAUCUUUGUUGGUUAUGAGAAAGCUAAACUGUUUAAAGCUGACACCAGAGACCUGAUAGGGACUUAUUAACUGUAUUGAACAUUUUUUCCUUUGCUUUUGACCAUAUGUAUAGUUAUGAUGCCAGAUUAGAUUUAUAGCAGCUUCAAGUUGUAUUAAAUGAUAUUUUGCUUUCUGUAAUAGUGUUAUAAAAUAAAGUUUGUUUAUUCUCUAAA